CUUUCAUUUCGCAAUCUUUCUAAAAUUGUUUUUCACUUUGUUGUGCAACAAUUUGGUCUAUUUUUGUCCAAGAUAAGCUGCCGUAUAUAUAUAUAUAGGUUGUGCAAAACUUUUCUAUUGAGGUGAAGGGAACUUUACCGCUUGCUUGUGCAGUUAGUUAGUGCAUAGCCUACAGUGGCCUAGGCUAGCUGCAGUGCACAGUUGGCCGUUUUUGAUUAACUUGUAAGGCAACAAGUGGCUGCAACGCUAAGUCUUUCAAGUUUAGACUCAUCGAACUUAAAAGUGAAUAACAACUGCUUUGAAAAUAAGUCGUCUGACUGUCGAAAGCUGUCGCGUGGUAGAUUAUCUGCAUCAAAAAGUUUGAACAGUGUUAUGCUAAAACGCCCCUGUCAUUUUUUUAAUACAACAGGAAAGUGUCGUUUUGGUAAACAUUGUAAAUUUCUUCACGAUAUAGAUAUUCUUCAAGAGAAAACAGCUUCUGAAAGCUAUAGAGAUGAAGCAGUGAAUAAGGAAAAGUGUGUCGUUGAGGAAGGUAGCCUAGGUACGGUCAAUUUUGAACAAGAUAAACAGCACAGCAGCAAUGGAGAAUUGAAAAAAGAAGAAAAACCAGACUCUGAUAUUUGCAGAUUUUAUGCUAAAACUCGCUUCUGUCGCUAUGGCAGUAGAUGUAGGUACAGGCAUGUGUUACCAAGUAAGCAGACAAGCAAAUUGAAAGAACAUUCGAAAGAUGAAAUAAAAGAAAGACAUGAGGAUACCCAUCAAGAUGAACAAGAUCAAGUGCAAAAUGAAGAGAAUGUAGAGACACAGGUAGAGCCGUCAAAAAAAACUGAGACCAGAAAGAAACUCUGCAAAUUUUUUAGCCGUGGAUAUUGUAGAUUCGGUAAGAGAUGCACAUAUUAUCACCCAAACAAACCAGAAAAGAAAGCUAAUUCUGAAGAAGAUCCCUCCUCGUUGUCGGGUGUAACAGAGAAACCUGUACAAGAAAAAGUUGAACGGGCACCAGCAGAAAGCGGUUGGAGACAAAUCAGUAGGCCACCAAGGAUAAUUAAUGUUUUCAAGAGAGAAGAUUUAAGCCAAGAAAAGCAAGCAGAACUGAGAGAAACUGAGAUAAAGCAACUAAAACGUCGAUUUCCAGCAGAUAAAUUGCAAGUUGUCACUGAGACUGAAGAAAGCGCACGUUUUAUCUUCACCUUCUUCCCUACAGAUCCUGAUUGGCCUUUUGAUGUGAAAUCAUUUGACAUUCAAGUUGAGUUCGGCCAAGAUUACCCAUUGAAGCUGUUUACAGUGAGUGUUCCAUUAGACCAGGACCUGCCUGCUACAGUACAGAGAUACAUUGAGGUGUCUCUGCAAGAAUGGGUGCAGAAGAAGGAGGAAGAGCAGGAGAAGAAAAAUAUUGUGGAGCUGCUGUUCCGCCCCUUUUUGAGGUGGAUGGAUAGAAAUAUGGAGACAGUUGUAACUGAAGGACUUAAACAGCUACGCAGAGAGUUGACAGCUAAAGCGGCUGGUUUGCAGUUUAUCCCAGCCAGGGAACUUCAGAAGGACACAGAUCAUCAAGCUUCUAGUGAAUCAGAAGAUACAUGUACAUCUGAGAUGGUUUCUGAAAAAGAUUCUCGACGACCUGUUGCAUACCGUAAGACUGAUUAUGUGGAAGAGGUUUAUGAAGCUCCAACACACUCGAGUGAUGGAAGUGCAGAUGAUGACAGUGAUGAUGAUGAUGAUGAUGAUGAAGGUAGUGAUGAUGGCCAUGAGGAGGUAGGGGAUCAUGAUAAAGUGCAUCAACGACCGCUGAUCGAUCCCGACACAGAGCGUCAAGGAACAGAGAUGUCCUUCAGAAACAUGCAGAUCUGGUACUGUACAACCAUAAUGUUGGAAAAACUACGUCUCACAGUUCAGUGUGAACGCUGUAAGAAUAAAACCGACUUCGUUACUCCACCAAAUCGUGUCAAUUCUGUGGCAUGCAGCAAAUGUAACAACACUCAGCUUGUUGUAUUUAGACCUGUCCUUACACAUGCAUACUCGAGCACAUUUGGCUAUUUGGAUUUGGAUGGCUGUGCAGCCUUUGAUGUAAUUCUGCAAGACUGUCACUUCUCCUUGGGCUGUGUGAUGUGCUCCAGGGAUAUACUCGUCAAGUCAUUCACAGCAGGACGUGUGAUGGAGGUGUGGUGUCGCGGAUGUCAUUCAAAGAUGAAAUUUGCUGCAGAUUCUGUUAAAUUAGCAGUACUUACAACUGAUGGAAUAGACAAAGCUAAAUUUUCUGGGAAGAUUCACACUGUUGGUGUAAAGAAGAAUCAGCGAGUUCUCAAAGAUCCAGCUAUACAGGAAGGAAACCCUCUACCAAAUAAUGGAGCAUGUAAACAUUACAAGAAAAGCUUUAGAUGGCUCAGAUUUCCUUGCUGUGGAAAGACAUACCCAUGUGAUAUCUGCCAUGAUGAUAAAGAAGAUCACGAGAUGAAGUUUGCCAACAGGAUGAUCUGUGGUUUCUGCUGUAAAGAACAGCCUUUUGCUGCUGAGAGACCAUGCACAAGCUGUAGCAGCGCUUUAACCAAAGUACGAAGCUCACAUUGGGAAGGUGGACGUGGAUGUAGGGAUAAAAUCGCUAUGAGCAGAUCAGAUGAGAGGAAAUACGCUAACAUGAACAAGACGCUGUCGAAUAAAGCAAAGGCAGCACAGGAGAAAAACAAGGGCAAGAAGAACACAAAACUGAGACAUACAUAGAAACUUACAUUAACAGCCAUCUGUUAUAUAAUCAUUUUAAUCAGAUAUAUUGUACAUAAAAAUAUUGAUAUUGACAACAUUAAACAAAAAAAAUGUAUAUGGCAACAUAUAUUUUGAUAGAAAAACAUACAGAAAAAACAUUUAUAUUGACAGUAUAUGUAAAUAGAUAGAAAAACGUACAUGGAAACAUUUAUAUUGACAGCAUAUGUAAAAACACACAGAAACAUAUAUUUUGAUAGAAAACUGUACAUGGAAACAUAUAUUUUGACAGUAUAUUUAAAAACAUACACAGAACCAUAUAUUUUGAUAGAAAACUGUACGUGGAAACACCUUAUAUGGAACGAAAAACAUGCAUGGAACGCAUAUUUAGAGUAUAUGUAUAUUGUCACAAUUUGUCAGUUUAUUUAUUAAUAAAAACAAAAAAACAUUGAUUAAAAAAUGUAAAUACAUAGAUCAAAUAUACUUGGAAAUGUUUAUAUUGAUGAUAUGCUUUAGUAGCUAUUUGGAUAUAAUUUGUUGAAAUUAAGCUAAAAAAUAUUUUUUAACUGUCAGAUGCAAAAUAUUUAUAAUUUUCAUUUCAUUAAUACAGAAGUUGUCAGAAUCAGAGCUUUUAAUUUUGAGAAGAGUCGAGUGAACAGCGAUUAACUUUGAAUGACAAAUCAACUGAAGAAUUGUUAUAUUUGAUUUUUCACUUUUUUAUAUGCCUGUUUACAAGCAGUAGUGUAUUAGCUAAUAGCUACUUACCAAAUUAUAAAUAAAAAUGGUUUCUUCAGUU